AUGAAGAAGUUCUUGAGACGUGCCCAGAUUUUUCCCCUCUCUCUCUCCGGGAACCUUCCCUUUCCCCCUUCCCCCUUGCCCUUUCCGUCAACUUCCCCACCGCCGCCGUUCUCCGUCACCGCCGCCCCCUCCCCCUUCUCUCUCUCUCAACGACGAGCGGCGCUGCUGACUCUCCAGAGCUUCGGCCACACAGAUCCGCCGCCGCCUCAAGACUACAGCCCUUGUUGUGCCGCCGCCGCCUCUCAACCGCUGACUCUCCAGAGCUCCUCCGCUUCGCCGUCGUCUUUCUCCUCGUCAUCCUCCAGCGGCUCCUCCUCCGCGGCAUCUUCUUCGUCCUCCUCAUCGGCCAGCAGCAGCGCCGACGAAGAUGAAGAAAACGACGCCAAUCGCGGCGAAGUGAGGUCCGGCCACACAGAUCCGCCGCCGCCUCAAGACUACAACCCCUGCUGUGCCGCCGCCGCCUCUCCUUCGUCGGUGGACUGUUCGGAGCCCCCACCGCCGCCGUUCUCUGUCUCCGCCGCCGCCUAUAAGGGUUCUUCAUUUGCAGAUUUUGAUUUAGGGUUUUCAUUCUCAGAUCUUGAUUUAGGGUUUUCAGAUUCUUACUCUUCGAUUUCUGCAGUAGCUAAAGUUUCUCAUGAAUUUUUGUUGCUGAAUUUUUUCAUUGAGUUUCAUAAUUUGCUGAAUUAUUUUCAUUGA